UGUCAAUGACGUCGACCGUACACUGGGUACGCUGUGUCGCCUGGGUGGACAGUAUAGUUACUUCAACAUUAAAUGGAAUAAAAUGCCGCGGAUUCGUGUAAACAGAGACGUCACUUCAGUGCAAUUAAUUAACGCUUCUUAAUUAACGCGGGUCCCAUCCGGAGCGGUUGGUGGCAGGCCUAUUUUCGGUGUUUAUCGGCAAUAUUUCAGGGAGAGGACCGACGUCCUCCUCACCAGAGCAGCUGCAGGGAAGUUUGUCACUUUAGUCCCUGUUGAGCAAACAAUGAACUGAGGACCUCAUCCACUUCAUCCAACCUCAUACGUCUCCGCAGCGCCCGCUCCUCGCUCUCGCCGCCCGUCGCUGAAGGAGUCGGCCACAUCGCCUCACCGCACCUGGACAAGGAGAUGCGUGCGCACACGUGUCCUCGUAUGCAUGACUCUGUCUGAGUGUUUUUGGGCUGCACUUCCUCUCUCAUCUUUCGAGAGGCACUUCUCCACUUGACUCACUACGACAUUUGUCUUGACAACUCCCAAGCAUCAUGGGUAGGAAAAAGAUUCAGAUCCAACGGAUCACGGACGAAAGGAACAAGCAGGUGACUUUUACAAAGCGAAAGUUUGGCUUGAUGAAGAAAGCCUACGAGCUGAGUGUGUUGUGCGACUGCGAGAUUGCCCUGAUCAUCUUCAACCACGCAAACAAGCUGUUCCAGUACGCCAGCACUGACAUGGACAAGGUCCUGCUCAAAUACACGGAGUACAACGAGCCGCACGAGAGCCGGACCAACGCAGACAUCAUCGAGACUUUGAGAAAGAAAGGUUUCAACGGCUGUGACAGUCCAGAGCCGGAUGGUGAAGACUCAAUUGACCAAAGUGAUGAUAAGUACCGCAAGACCACAGAGGACCUGGAUGUACUCUUCAAACGCUACGGACCGUCAGCAGCUCCACCCCAGACGUUCUCCAUGCCGGUCACAGUGCAGGCGUCCAAUCAGAGCACACUGCAGUUCAGUAAUCCUGGCAACGCACUGGUAACUACCUCCUAUGUAACAUCAUCGUCGCUCACGGAUACCCACCUCCUGUCGCCGCAGCAACCGACUCUUCAGAGAAACACAGUGUCUCCUGGGUUGCCACAGCGACCAGCCAGUGCAGGUGCUCUUCUUGGAGGCGACCUGAAUAAUUCAAAUGGAGGAUGUCCAAGUCCAGUCCCUAAUGGAUACACCAGUGCCAGGGCCUCCCCGGGCCUCCUCACUGUUUCCAACGGCAACAGUCUGGGGAAAGUAGUUCCGGCCAAGUCUCCACCUCCACCUCCAAGCCCCCAGAUGGUCAACAGCCGCAAGCCAGACCUCCGAGUCAUCACCUCACAGGGCGGAAAGAGCCUCAUGCAGAUGACAGAGGAUGAGCUGGAAUUGGUAAACGAGAAUGCCCAGCGGCUGGCAGCUGGAGCCCAGGUGGCACAAACCCUCACCACACCGGUGGUCUCUGUAGCCACGCCGAGCCUCCUGGCGCAGGGGCUGCCGUUCUCCGCCAUGCCCACAGCGUACAACACAGAGUAUCAGCUGACCAGCGCAGACAUCACUGCUUUACACGCUCUGGCAUCGCCCGGCGGCCUGUUGCCCAGCAGCGUGUCCACAUGGCAACAGCAGCAACCGCAGCAGCAACAGCAACAACAGCAGCAAACACAGCAACAGCAACAACAACAGCAGCAGCAACUUAAUCUCGCAUCUCUCAGCAACCUGGUCAUGUGGGGCGUGGACAAACAGAGCAGCGAGCUGUCUAGCCAGGUCUCCAGCCUGGCUGCCAAUCUGAGUGUUGGCUCUCCGUCCAACCUGCUCUUGGGUAGAGAUGAGUGGUUGGGCCGGCCGGUGUCCCACAUACCUCAAGGUGCCAUGUUGACCGUCAACACAAACUCCAGCGUGAGCAUCAAGUCGGAGCCCGUCUCCCCCGGCCGGGACCGCAGCACCCCUUGCCCCCCUCCCUCGAGCACGCCGUCCUCGACCUCGGGGGGAGCCAUCUUGACCGCCCCGCCGCAGUACCCCGGCUCCCUGCUGUGCCUGGAGCCCCCGACCGGCCGCUCUCCCGCCGACAGCGUGAGCAGCAACGCCAGCUCGUUCGAAGGCAGCGACCGUGACGACGGCGGCGCUACUGGUGGUGGUGGAGGUGGCGGGAGCGGAGGCGGAGGCGGAGGAGGCGGCGGCGGCGGUGGCGGCAGCACAUCAGGUCCCGCCAGAAGUUCCGUGCCGCCUGACUUCAGCUCGUCGGCCGAGCUCCUCAGGGCGUCGAACGACCCGGAGCAGGAGGGAGGAAACAUCAAGCGCAUGAGAUUGGACACCUGGGUCACAUAGAGGCGGCAGCACCGCCUCCGUGCACCCGCAGCGAGGUUUCGGUGACUCGUAAAACACCCACAACACGCACCCACACCCAUUCUUAGUCCCCCCCCCCACUGCCCCCGACCCCACUGCCAUGUGACACUAUCACCACACAUCUGCCUCUGUCCAACAUUAUACUACUCAGCUGCGUCACAAAAACACACACAAAAAGAUAAAUGAAAAAGUCUUUAUGGGAUCGCGCUCUGAGUGAGGGGAGGACGGCUCAGUGCUCACCUGGAGGUUUUGUCCCAGGUGGGCCCCUCGAAUAAGAAGGACAGCAGACUUUUAAAAGCCUUCUUGCUCGAACGGAACUCCCGUAUAGUGAUUUUUCUUUUUCGUAAAAAAAAAAAAAUGAGGUAUCCAACCUUUUUUUUUUGCAAUCUGAGGAAACCACAAAAAUAAACAUUCACCUCUCACGUGGUUUCCGAUCACUCUCACGUAUUUACAUCGAGUUAUGGGACUGCUGCGGCAUAACUCGCCACUUUCUGCUCCUCACUAUCCAACGUCAUUUAGAUUGUGUGCUGUCCAUUCUUCCGUAAGUCACGUCCAAACUGCACUAUUGGAAAAUAACUCAAUCCGGGACACGUUUGAGGACUGAGCAUCGACCUGGCGCAGACUCAGACUGGGUCUUUCUAGGUGAGAAUAGCUCCACGUCAAUGGAUCCACGGUUACCAACCUCAUGCAACCAGGCAGACCCCCCCCCCCCCCCCCUCCGAGCCCUCAGGUGGCACUCUGCUGCUGUGGAGUUGAGCACCUUGCCAGAGUGCCAAUAUCAAAUAUUAAAAAUGCCAAAUGCCUCUCUCGCACAGCGCUGCGACGCUGAUGAUCACUCGCGCCGAUACGGAAACGUCGGGGGAAACUGUCGAUGCUUCUCGGGCUCCGUAUCGGCCGCCACUUUGUUCACAGACCGGGGUGCUCCUCCCGUCCUCUCACCUCAUCUCCUCUGGAACUCGGAUGGAAGUACGUUGCACCAGAAAUCCAGCCAGUCACUCAGCUUAUUACCAGGAGUAGAUGCCAUCCAGUUUAAUGCAUAAGUAAGAGUUUUUUGAGCCGCCGAUGGCUUUUUUUUGAGUAGGGAAGUAUUUGAUUCUUUCAGUCCAAGUGUUCUUUAUCUGUUGGUAUUUUAAAAAAUCUGUUUUGAAGGUCCGUUAGUCGUCCAAAAGUAGGAAAUCUGACUUUGUAUUGAAGAAAAAAAAAAAAAAUUAUCACUCCUUAUACAAAAAGCUUUGAUGUCCUCUUUAGCUCUCUCUAGCUCUCCUUAGCUCUUUGCCGUGUUUCAAAACGUGACAGGAAAAAGACAUUUUCUAUAUUUCUACCGCUUCAGUUGGCGACAAAGUAAAAUAGCUUUUCGGCUUCAACGAUGUGUAUGUACAUAUGAAUAUAUUUGCAUAGACUUUGCUAGGUAUCCCUAAAAACAAGCAAUGUGUUGAUUCUCAGUGGAUCUGUUUGCAUAUAUGAGUGUGAAUUUGAUAUGUUUCGAGCUACGGUGCAGGGGUUACGCCGCACUUAGGCAGUGCUGGUGGAUCGGACUCGUUUCAGUAAACCUAUUUUAUUCUAGUGUUGAUGGUGUGUGCACUUUCUGUCUCUCACUCACAGAGGCCUGCUUGGUUGUGGUGUCAACAUAUUCUCUUGCCACACAUUAAAAAAAAAAACAAAGAAAAAAACUAAAAAAAAACAAAUACACAAAAAAAAAACACGAUCAAAGUAAAACUGUACACGCGACAAACUCAUUAUUACGACACUGCCAUUCACUCGUAGCGUAGCCGUAGAGAUAAAAAUGCACUUCAGAUCGACGGGAUCGUGUCACGUGAAGCGGACGGAGAUCACGCCUUUGUUCGCUUUUAGAUUCAAGUCAGGAAAUUGGCUCCCAGGUGUGUUUCAGUUGCGUCUUUUUCUCGAACGAAUUGAUCACGUCUGAACCGUUUCGAGCCUGCGCGUGAGCGCGUUUCUAAGACGACAAACACAAACGUUUCUCUGUGACCUGUUUUUUUUUUCCCUGGUGUGGCGGACCCACACUUCUAAACCGGCGUAUGUGAGACAGCUGCUUCUUAACGAACUGAUGCCAUUUGGUGCAAUUAAACGCAGCCCGCAAACCAGCAUCUGAGACGUACUUUGGGUUUGUGGCCAGCGCCUGGAAAAAAAAACUUUGCGCUGUGUGACAUUUUCACGUCUAAUGGCAGUGUUGUUUUUGUUGUUGUUGUUGUUGGUUUCUAUGAUCUAGUCAUCUUUCCGUCCCUCGUUCACUCGACUGUGUGGUGGAGGCGGCUUUUUCUCUCUGUUCGCGCUCUUAAAGGGGACUUAUCAUGCCUUUCCUCCAUAUUUGAAAUGAAUCUUGAGUUAAUGUCACACGCACAGGUGAUCCGUGUGAGACAAAGCCCCGCAGCACGCCAGCAAAGCCAGAUUAUGAUCGUGUUUGUUAAUUAACGUAAAAGUAUUUACUAAACAGUCUACUAGAGUACCAUUAUAGGCUUUUAAAGUACUCUAGCAUACAAAUAAUCACAGUUUAUCAGGCAGUAAACAUCCUGUCCUGCUGUCAUAUGUGUUGCUGUGGGUGUUUGUUUGUUAGGAACGAGAAAUGAUGUAACUGAGUGGGUUUACAGUCAGACUUUAGGACUUCCACACGGGUUAGGGCUCAGCUAGUUUCGCAAAUCAGACAAAAAGUGGGUUCUUAGCGAGGAAAGGUUUUAAUUGCCAGGCUGCACAAGGGGCCGUUUAAGUUGUUUUCUCACCUGAAUUAUGCAAAGCUACUCUAGGAGAAUAGCGGACUACAAAUAUGGAGCCUGGAAACUGGCAUCAUAGGACCCCUUUAACAUCCAGUACUGUUAAUAAACUCACGUUGGAGAAAAAACGCGAUCCUUAAAGGAAUAGUUCCACAUUACGGGGAGGUUCCUAAAUCAUUUCCUCACCCAGAGUUAGAUCAGAAGAUCGAUACUAAUUAAUAUUUGUGUCGGUGUCUGGUUGGAUUAAGAGGGAUUAGUGGAACAGCUGGUUCAGCUCUGUAAAGAUGUAACACAAUACAGCUACUGGCUCCUGCAUUCGUGAUAAUCAAUCAGGCAUGAGUAUGAAUUAUUAUGUUUUUCAAAAUUGCAAAAGGAAAUGCAAAUUAAUUAGAGUGUCAGUCCACCACUAACCAUGAAUCUUGAUGGGAAAUAUUGCGUUAAUAUUUCCGCGUCGUUAUCGUUGUUUUAUUGACAACAAACUCCGUUUUUGAUCAUGUCGGGUAUAAACUUACGUUUAGAUAUUAUAAUUUCCGACAGUGAUGAACUUAAAGAACUAGAUUGUCAAAGAGCUGUCUGCAAACCACUGCUUCAAGUUGGAUCUCCUUAAAUAAAACAAUAUUAACACCUAAUGGAGCUCAUUUAUAAGGAGAUAAUCCAUUAAAAGAUGCUACCUGAGCCCGUUGAUAUCAUGUUUGUAACGUUAGCAGAUCAGGUAAAGAUCUUAGAUUAACGCGUGAAGACACAGUCUGGCACAUAGUUCCUCUAUCAUGUCACAAUUUUAGUUUUUGCUUUAACUUUCUAAUUUACACUAGAGCCGGCUAACCUGCUCCAGCUCCACAUUUCCUCUACAGGCAUCACAUCAAAUUAUUUUCAAACUGUUCCUUUAAAGACUCGGCCAACGCUCUUCUCUGUCGCCACACGGUCGCUUCCGCGCCUUUUCCCCCCUAAAUCUGUCUCCAUGGUAACUCUUUGCGCCGAUGGUUGACUGAAAUGUGACACCACAACGAUUGGCUUUCGCUCAUGUACAAAAAACAAAAAAAAUAAAUAAAUAAAGGUUCUCUGUCCAAUCUAGCAGUGUAGUCACAAGACAAUCUAUAUGAGAAAUGAAAACCUGCACCCCCUGUUACUCGUCGUGUACAAUGUUUUUUAGAAUCUCACUAUUUUUGAAUUAAUUUGUGCUGGUGACAGUUCCAUUGUCUAUUAUUAUUAUUCUAAUGAUAUUAUUAUGGAGCUUUUAUUUUAUUGCGAUUUUUGUGUAGGAUAGCCAACCGUUUUUAUUUCCUCUCUCUUGUUUUACCUUCCUUAUCAUAAACAUAUAGUGCUGGUUUCCUUUUUUGAAACAACUUGCUGACAAUUGCACGAUCAGUUAUUGUGGUAUUAGCAAAUGCAAUGAAGGAAAUACCAGUUAAUGCUGCAAUUUUAAUUAAGAUAUAGAAUAUAUUUAUAAAAACGGGAAACAGCUGAAAUUAGUAAUUCAUGAAAUUUGAAAAAUGUAAAUGCAUGGGAUACAGGUAACAACAAACCAUAUGUUACGUACAGUAAUGAUAAGGACAUGCAUCACAAAUGAGUUUUAAAACGACUCAGAACAAUGUAGCAUAUGAAAUACUAAAGAUGAAAUUUAUAGCUAAUAUAUUGUGUUGAGCUGGUCUGCUUCGGGUUUUGUUGUAAAGAAAAUAUUUCUUUUUGUUGUUUUUUUGAGAAUGAUAUACAGUUUGUGUAUAUUUUCAUAUACAAAGUAUGCACUGAUAUGUUAUUGAAAUUCUAUACCGCUUUUACAAAAAAAGUGUUUGUUGUACCAAAGUAUCCAAGUCCCUUGAAACCUUAUCCUUUUUGCGUAUGUUUUACCGUAUUUUAUAUAUUAAAUAGACAAACUGAGUGAAAUGAAA